CUUGUUUCCGUUUGUGACCGUUUUUUGACGGCGGACUUGUGUUGUGAGCAAUGUCAGGCAAACAGGAAGGGCUGCGCCGCCGGUCGCAGCAUUUCCAUGCACCAGGCGUUGCUGGACGUGCCACAGGCAUCCGAGCAAAGGAGAACGUGCGCCGUGAUGCACACGGCCUGGAGGACGUGGACGACUUUUUCGACUCUGAUCGCGAAGAUGUGACGGGCGACGUUGGCGAGUUUAACGAAGACUCGGAUGCAGACACUGCCGUCGCAGCAGCUGCCAACGACAACGACAACUACGACGACGACGACGACGACGACGACGACCAGAUCCCGUCGUCCCCUUACACAUCGACGGUGCUGAAGCGGGGCGGGACAUCCAGCGGCGCUGCUGCACGGGCAUCCUCGCGUCCCAGCAGCCGCCGCCGCACAGGCAACCGCGCACAUAUGUCGUCCUCCACACCGAUUGCCAGCAUCAAGAAGAAGCUGCACUUUGAUGAAGAUGACGUGCCAUCACCCAUCCAUAACGGUGAACAUGAUGAUGACGACGACGACGAUGAUGAUGAUGAUGAUGAUGAUGGCAACGCAUCGGAUGUGCCGAGCACGUCGCUCGGUGUUCCCCUGUUUGAUCUGGGUGGUGCCGACGAUGAUGGCGAUGUGAGCGAUGACGAUGGUGAUGGUGGCCGGCGUGGUGAUCGCGGAAAGGGCAAGGGGAACAAGAGGCGGAGUGCGAGGCAAACGGCUGUCUCCCCAGCGCUCCCACUCAACAAGGGAGGGAGGAAGGCUGCGAAGACCAAGACCACGAAAACGACUAAGUCGAAGCGUGGUACACGGCACAGUGAUGACGGUGAUGGUGAUGGUGAUGGUGAUGGUGCCGACACGGGUGUGGUGUCGCCACGUCAAAGCCAAAGGGGACGCACAACGAGACAGAAAGCGGUGUCACCGCCAGCGACUGCGGCAAAACGGUCCGCAAAGACGCGCACGUCGCCGCGCUCUGCGAAGACACCGUCAAAACGAAAUGCGCCCCAGCGCAGCACGCCAUUGCGUCAUGUCUCCACGCGCGCGUCGUUCCAUGCGGAGGAGGACGAUGCAGCCGCUGGGCCCCUGUCGCCGCUGGACGAAGAAGAAGGCGUGGAGGAGAGUGCUGAUGAUGGGGACAUGAGCGUGCACGACAGCACCAAGGAGGAGGAGGAGGAGGAGGAACGAGUGGUGAGGGGACGUAGGGGAGGAAAGUCGGCACGUGGUGGCGCGAAGCAGAAGAAGCAGAAGGGCCGACGAACAAAGGCAAGAUCACCGUCACCAUCGCCAUCACCAUCACCACCACCUGCUGCUGCUGCUGCUGCCACGAAGCGAGGGAGGAAGACAAAGGCAACCGCAGCAGCAGCAGCAGCAUCGAAGACGAAAGGGAAGAGGGCAACACGCGUGAAGAAAGAAGCAAAGGAAGGCCCACGUGACUUGGACAUCAUCACGACCUCAUCCACGCCAAUCAACCCAGCGACAGGCCGCCCUCAGCGCACGCGGGUGAAGCCGCUUGCCUUCUGGAAGGGCGAGCGUGUGGUGUAUGAACCUGUUGUGAACCAGGGGCGCAAGACGGGUCUUGUGCAGGUGAAGGAUGUUGUGCUCGUUGACACACCCCAGGAAAACCAGCGCAAGACGCGAAAGCGGACCAGCAAAGCAACGGCAGGCCGCAGCACGCGUGCAAAACGCAGUGGCAGCAACGACGAGAAUGAUGGUGGCAGUGAUGGUGAUGAUCAUGAUGAUGGUGAACGCAAGCCGCGCGUUGUGGAGAAGAUUGUCACGCAGCCGCCGCAACUGGACAUGCAGCAACUGCCGACAGACGAGGUCACAGUCAAGGAAUGGGAGGGCGAAGGCGAAGCAACAAUCCCUGCCAUCAAGACGUAUGCCAUGAAUGCGUGGAAGGGCAAGGGCGGUAUGCGGUUUUGCAAAGCAUUUGCGCUCGCAGACGCGCGCUGGUCCUCCGGGCAAAUUGAGCUCGACCCCGGCGCGUCGAAGCCGCGGCAGUUCACCCGCCGAAACUUUCUGGUGUUCACCAUCACUGCCGGCACUGCGCGUGUGUGCAUUCACAACGACGAGUUUGUCGUUGGUCUCGGCACUUGCUUCUACGUUCCCCCAGACAACUUCUACGCGUUUGAGAAUGUUGGCAGCGAUGUGCUGCGCGCGUUCUUCGUGCAGGUCAAGGCCGACACCCCGCCACCCCCGCCACCACAGGAGCAGCAAUCGGAGGGAGAGCAAACACAGGAGACCCAGCCAAUGGAGUAG